AUGGGCUUAUCCACAUCUUUACUCUUGUCAGCGUUGGAAGAAGUUGUAAAAUAUAGAUUUUUUGGUUUAGCCCCCGACGCCAAUCUUACUUCCAAGGACCAAGAGAUGACCUUGAGAACUGAUAGUUUCAAGAAAACAGAUUCAGAAAACAUCACCAAGGCCAAUGCAUCUGAGAACUUCCUUAGAAAGAAUUCAAUAAGCUUGAAGGCCUGUGAACCUGUAAAAGUAAUGCUUGAAACAGCUCUUUCAUUCAAGAGUCUAGUUCAAGACAUAAGCAAAUCAGAUCAAUUGAAUGAUUUGAAUGCACAAGCUGCUGAUGGAUUAGCUCACAAAUCUAUUGCCACAAUUUCUCUUCCUGCACCGGAAAUAUGGUUUUCACCAAGACCUGUCAGUGAGCUUGAUGCUGCAGCAGUUAAGCUUCAGAAAGUAUAUAAGAGUUAUCGGACUCGUAGAAACCUUGCAGAUUGUGCAGUGGUGGUUGAGGAGCUCUGGUGGAAGGCAUUAGACUUUGCUGCUCUAAAACGAAGCUCAGUGUCAUUCUUCAAUGUCGACAAACCAGAGACUGCUGUUUCACGGUGGGCUAGAGCGAGGACAAGAGCUGCCAAAGUGGGAAAGGGCUUGUGCAAGAAUGAGAAAGCUCAAAAACUGGCACUACAACAUUGGUUGGAAGCUAUUGAUCCACGCCAUCGGUAUGGGCACAAUUUGCACAUGUAUUAUGAUGUGUGGUUCGAAAGUGAAAGCACACAACCUUUCUUCUACUGGUUGGAUGUUGGGGACGGAAAAGAAGUGAAUCUUGAGAAGUGCCCAAGGAUCAAUCUGCAACGUCAAUGCAUUCAAUACCUAGGACCAAACGAGAGGGAAGCGUAUGAAGUAACUGUUGAAAAUGGGAAGCUUGUGUACAAAAACAGUGGUAUCUUUGUUGAAACUGUUGAGGGUUCUAAAUGGAUAUUUGUUCUGAGCACAUCUAGGACUUUGUAUGUGGGGCAGAAGAAGAAAGGUGUGUUUCAGCAUUCAAGUUUUCUCUCUGGUGGUGCCACCACGGCGGCUGGAAGAUUAGUUGCCCACAGUGGUGUUCUUGAGGCUAUAUGGCCAUAUAGUGGUCAUUACCACCCAACAGAAGAGAACUUCAGGGAAUUCAUUAGCUUCCUGGAGGAGCACCAUGUAGAUCUCUCAAACGUUAAGAGAUGUGCAAUCGACGAUGAUUGUCCUUCAUUUAAGGUUCCUGAUGAGGAAUCCAAGCCAAAGCCGGCAAUGAGUCUUGCAACAACUAGACAUUCAGAACAUACAAACACAAUUGGUGUAGAUGUUCCAACAAGGGUAAUAGAGAUUGAAACAGAUCAUCAAGAAGACAAGGACACUAAUGAUGCUAAUGUGGAUGCACAAGUCUUUAACAUUGCUGAACGCUUAUCCUGCAAGUGGAGUACAGGAGCUGGACCACGCAUUGGUUGCGUUAGGGACUACCCGUCUGAGUUACAAUUCCGAGCACUUGAACAAGUUAAUUUGUCUCCUCGUGUGGCUUCCGGGCACUUUGGUAACUAUGGUCCAAUCCCAUCGCCACGACCAAGCCCAAAAGUUCGGCUCUCUCCAAGGCUUGCAUACAUGGGACUACCUAGUCCUAGGACCCCCAUUGCCACAGCUAACUGA